AACUGGUUCCGCAUCCAAAAGCGCUGCUGCAAUGCUUGGAUUGGAGAAGGAAGAUCGUCCAGAAGGUUUUUUGGACGCCAAAGCCUUCCCUCACUUCAGAGUGCUUCUGCAGGCCGCCGAGGGCUAUGCCCGUCACAGCGGAUGCCGCUUUCGGAAGGGCUCCUUCUCCGAGCUUCCCGCGGACGGUGACGAGGUUCCAGAAGGCAGUAGGCUGGCAUCGAAGCUGCACGCCGCCCCCACGGUGCAGGAGUUCAUGGAGAAAGUUCGAGGGCAGACAGAUCAGGCCUUAGCCACCGAGCUGAAUGAGGCCUUCAACAUUUUGUGGUCCGAAAGCAUGCGAUGUUCAAUGGUCGCCAGGUGUCAGCAGUUGGACCUAUGGCCACCCUAUCCUCCACCGGAAGGCAUUGAGGCAACCGAUGUGGAUUGUUCCAAAGACACUUCGUCGUUAUUUGCCAUGGCACAGCGGCUCUACAACCAGGAGCAGCAGCGCAAUGCCUCUUCCACCAGGC